AUGGCCAAGAACGUUUGUAUUGGUAAGAAGCAUGAGAGUCAGUUCAAGAUAGCCACGCGGGUUAUUCCGGAGACGGCUAUUACGCCGCUAUCGAGGGAAACUGGAAUGCAGAGCACUGACGAGUCUGAUGUGGAUGGGACCGAGUCAGGCGGGUUGUUCUCACCUGUGGGAUCGGAUAGGGAGAUGGAAAUGGAGAUGGAGCUUGGGUUGGAGCUUGACGACGAGUUUGAAUUCGACUGGUUCGCGGAUUCGUCGCACCCGAAGAGUUUUAGGACGGUGCGUCAGCCGGAGAAGUGUGAGGAAAGUGAGGUUGAGGUUGUUGGUAAGGACUUGAGUGUAUCGGAAGACUUGAAAGGUUUGAUACUGCCAAAGGCCCGUGGAGAGGACGACGAUGGUACCGGAAAUGACGUGGAGUUGCCUAUCAACGAGGAUUUCUGGAAAGAGGUGGAUACCUCUGUUGGUGAGACUGACGUUGAGAUUCACGUACAGGACUUUCACGGGUCUGCCCUCUUGACGGGCAAGUCGAGUAAUCUCGCUGCUUCUGCUGCUUCUGCUGCUGCUGCUGCUGCUGCCACGGAAAAUAGUAGCGCAAGCGUGGCUGCCAUUGAGGAUUUCAUCAAGAUGGAUAACUAUUCGUUUUCCAACGGUGUGGGUACUAAUAGUGGCAGCAGUAGCAUGGAAGAACAUGCAGAAGCUCGCAUCACUCACUUUAUGUACCCAAUCAAGAAGUUCACCUUCAGAGAUGCCUCAGGAAAGCUGGUUCUAGAUCCACAGGUAUCUGCAAACCCAUCAGGCAUUUCCACUGCUACGCACACCUAUACCCGUGAUCGUAUUCUCAAGGCAAGAAAGGCUAAGUCUAAAUUCAAGAAAAUAUCGCGUUCCAGAGAAGGCUGGUGCGAAAUGGUUUCCACAGGUGUUGGUAUCGGUGAAUUCAUGUUGGUGUAA